CAAGGGGGAUGGUGUUCAGUCAAUGGAACCUGUGUCUGACCCCUCUCCUCUCUCUCUCUCUCUCUCUCUCUCAGGAAUUAAAGGUUGGUACUAGUUUGGUGGGAAGGAGUUCCUGCUGGAGCUGAGAUCUUUUUCUUGUUCAGCUCCAUCUCCUCUUCUUUAUCUGAAAGGAAAGAGUCCCAACUUCAUUUGGAGCUCAAAGACUCACCAUCUCCCCCAGUUAUUUUAAUAGCUUGGCUUUUUCUUUGUGAUACGCAAAGUUGGUAACCUCCCGAUCGUAGUUGAUAGUUGCACCUAAUUUAAGCUACUCACAACAAUCCCAAUCCGCUCCUCGAGUUCGCAGAUUCCAAGAUUUCCUUGCAGAUAAAUCUGACAUCCUAAUCCCAUGGCAUCUAUCUGUGCAACAGCUUUGUUAUCCGUGUAAUGUCGAACAAAUUUCUUGUACAAGGAGAAGAUUCCUUGCAGGAUUUAUAUACAUCUUACAUCGGUUCUCUUUGUCCUCAGCUCCUGUGACUUUCCUUCUCCUUGUUGCUCGUCAUGUCCAAGGCCUCACCCCCUGUCAAGUUCCUCCCUCCAUGGGCGUAUGAACUGGGACUGUUACUUGCACUCAUCUGUCGAGAACUUUUGUGCUCGCUGAUCGAUUUGAUGAAGAAUUGCUGUAGAGUUAGCACUAGUGUUUCUUUCAAGAAGGCCAGCACGAGCAGGAAGAAGAGUGCUCCAAGACGUGAAGGUUCAGAUGAGAGGGGGACGAACAUCCUGGAUCUGCCUGAGUUGACUCUGGACUGCAUUCUGGAGAAAAUCUCGCCGAAGGAGCUGGUGACGGUGGCGUGCGUUUGUAGGUGCCUGAAGGACAGGUGCAGGAGCGAUCAUCUCUGGGAAAGCCACAUGAGGAAGAAAUGGGGUCGGUUGCUGGGCGAAGCGGCACGAAGGGCGUGGGAGUCCUAUGCAGCUUCGAGGAAGCACGCUUUGGGUUCUGCAACUCUCGUUCAACACACGAAGCCCAAGAACUGGAUGGGAUCCCUCUUCUCCAGGUCCAACUCGGAUGCAGAUAGAAGGCUUAACAUCGUCAAUAACACUUCGCCGGCAGAUGUGACAAUGAGUUGGUAUUCAGCACUGGAGAGUGGCAGACUUUGGGUACCUGCACAGAUCUGCAACAGAGAGAAUGGAAAUGUGGGGUUUGUGCUGUCUUGCUACGACGCUGAGCUUAGAUAUGAUCGCCAUUCUGACACUUUCUACGCAAGGUAUUAUCCACAUGGAAGCAAAGCUGUACAGGAGGAGGAAGGGGUUUCGUGGAACAGAGUAAGGGUUCCUCCUGUGGAUAUCUCUCCCCAUGAAAUCCAUGUCUCUGAGUGCUUAAGUGAAUUGAGCCCAGGAGAUCACAUUGAGGUCCAAUGGAGGAGGAGCCAAAAGUUCCCUUGUGGUUGGUGGUAUGGAGUCAUUGGUCAUCUGGACUCGUGCGAUGGUGAUGAGCAGCAGUGCCUUUGUAAUCUAAGUGAUACGAUCAUACUAGAAUUCAAACAAUACCCACCUGGAUCAAGAUGGCGGCGGGCAACAGUGAGCAGGAAGAAUCAUGAAGAAGGGAAAGGGAAUGAAACGACCGGUUUCUACGGAGGGAUCAGGAAACUCCAUUGCAAGGAUGAAAUAUGCAUGUGGUUGCGGCAUUGGCCUGAAGAAUCCUUAUGAUUGCUUGCUCUUGUUCAUGUCCAGUAUGAUCUCUCUCUGCAUUCUUUA